CAACUCUAACUUACAAUCUUUCUUAUUAUUAAAAAAAACAAAAACAUUUCUAAUCUUUUUCACUCAUUCCAUGGCUCGUUCCAUUUUCUUCAUGGCAUUUUUGGUCUUGGCAAUGAUGCUCUUUGUUACCUAUGAGGUAGAAGCUCAGCAAAUUUGCAAAGCACCAAGCCAAACUUUCCCAGGAUUAUGUUUUAUGGACUCAUCAUGUAGAAAAUAUUGUAUCAAAGAGAAAUUUACUGGUGGACAUUGUAGCAAACUCCAAAGGAAGUGUCUAUGCACUAAGCCAUGUGUAUUUGACAAAAUCUCAAGUGAAGUUAAAGCAACUUUGGGUGAGGAAGCAAAAACUCUAAGUGAAGUUGUGCUUGAAGAAGAGAUUAUGAUGGAGUAAUAAUUAAGUGAGGUUAAAUAAGGAUUUUGAGUGUCAAAAAAAACAAAAUUAAUAAAGUGUUGCCUUUUCUUAUUAGGGUAGCUUGUGAUGUUGUGUUAGUAUUGGCCUAUAGUAGCCAUUUGACACAUUAAAUAAGUUUGUGACACAUCAUUAAUCCUUAUGUAUGUAUGUUUUAAUGAAAAAUGAUCGACUACGAUCUUUAAUUUUAUGUUUUACAUUUAAUUAA